UUUUUUUUCCAAUAUAUAACAUGGUUUAGCUGUUUUGGAGUCGUCACACAUUGCAACUUGCACACACACAGAAAACAAUGGGCAGCUUGGGAAGCAAUAUUAUUUCGAGUGAGACCGUCGGAAAAGUUAUAACAUGCAAAGCGGCGGUGGCGUACGCGGCGGGGCAGCCGCUGGUGGUGGAAGAGAUCCGGGUGGAUCCGCCUCAGAAAAUGGAGGUCCGAAUCCGAGUGCUUUUCACUUCGAUAUGCCACACCGAUCUCAGCGCUUGGAAAGGAGAGAGUGAAGCCCAAGCCUUCCCUCGGAUAUUGGGCCACGAAGCUUCUGGAGUGGUGGAAAGCGUGGGAGAAGGGGUGAGUGAUCUGGAAAUAGGAGACCAUGUUGUCCCAAUUUUCAACGGCGAAUGUGAAAAGUGCAUCUACUGCAAAUCAAAGAAGACUACCAAUUUAUGCGAGAAAUUCAGAGUGAAUCCCAUGAAAAGCACGAUGGCAAACGAUGGCAAGUGCCGAUUUUCGACAAAAGAGGGGAAGCCCAUCUUUCAUUUCCUCAACACUUCUACCUUCACCCAAUAUACGGUGCUUGAUUCAGCCUGUGUGGUUAAGAUUGAUCGGGAAGCCUCCAUGAAGAAUAUGACUCUCCUUAGUUGUGGAGUUUCUACCGGUCUCGGUGCCGUCUGGAAUACGGCUGACCUUGAGGAAGGGUCAACUGUGGUGGUCUUUGGACUGGGAGCUGUAGGAUUGGCGGUGGUAGAGGGGGCAAGGGUACGUGGCGCAUCUAGAAUUAUUGGAGUGGACAUCAACUCAGACAAACGUAUCAAAGGCCAAGCAAUCGGCAUCACAGAUUUCAUAAAUCCCAAAGAUUUUGACAUGCCAGUUCACCGGAAAAUAAGGGAAAUGACGGACGGUGGUGUGGAUUAUAGCUUCGAGUGUGCAGGAAAUGUGGAUGUUCUCCGGGAGGCCUUUUUGUCCACACAUGAUGGGUGGGGUUUGACAGUACUUUUAGGUGUACACACAUCACCAAGAUUGCUGCCCCUCCAUCCAAUGGAGCUCUUUGAUGGGAGAAGAAUAGUAGCUUCAGUAUUUGGUGACUUCAAAGCAAAAUCCCAACUGCCUCAUUUCGCCAAUCAGUGCACUAAAGGGGUGGUGAAGUUGGACGAAUUCAUCACACAUGAAAUGCCAUUUUCCAAGAUCAAUGAUGCCAUGCAAUUACUCCUCGAGGGCAAGUCCUUGAGAUGCCUUCUUCACCUUUGAACUUAUAGAUUAAUUAAUAUACUAUACUAUACUAUACUAUAUUAUUAUGGGCGUGCAUGUUGUUACAUAAUAAUGUGGAUGUGUAUGGUUGCUGUUUUAUUUACUAGGUUGGUGUUUCUGUGAUUGGGAACAAUGAAUCACGUUCGAUAUGUAUACUUCUAUCUACAGAGCUUUAAUCGAGUUGGAACGAGUGAUUUAUUUAUCGUUUAA